AUGCCUUCUGCGGUCAAGAAAAGGAAGGUCGCGGCGCCUUCUUCGAGAAGUGCAGCAACCACCAAGAUUCAACCAUUGAGUUCCUUUACUACGAUUUCCAAAGCAGUCACAAAGGGUGGAGCGAAGUCAAUCAUUGAAAAGAAUAAACAAGCAGAUGUGGCAUCAGUGACAGUGACCAAGUUAGAUAAACCUUCUACAAAUUUAAGAAAGAGAAAGUUGGAUGCAGAGGAGGAAUCGAAUGUUAUUGAGAUAGCAACGACUACGACUACUACGACUGCCAAAGAAGUUGAGACACUUCCAUCAAAAUCGGUCCUCCCGUCGAAAGUCCCACAAACACCGCACAAACUUAUCAAAACGUCCUCGAUCACUACCGAUACCCCAACAAAAGGCGCGCGCACUCUGCUCGAUCGUCUCCUUCUACAAACCCCUAAAAGACCUGUCCAAAAAAGAACUUCUCUUUCGUUACUACGAUCUAUUUCUUCGAAUUCUGGCACGGAGGUUUCGACACUUCCUCUUAAACAUCCACAAACUGGCGCUGAAGGAAAGGAGGAGGAAGCAAGUCAACAAGAGGAUUUUAAGGAAACAUUGCCUACUGAACUCAUCGAUAUUAUCAAUCUUCACGCAGCACUUCUCACAACGCUCACCCUUCACUGCGCUCACAAUGGAUCCAAUGCACCCGCAGAUUUACGGAAUCUCUGUCCGGAUGUUGCCAGAGCAUGGGGAAAACGGAAGGUCAUGCUGGAUGAUGUCCGCCGGGCUCUUGGCGUCCUGAACUCUUAUGUCAAAGUUGACGCAGAAGAUCAAAAGCUUUCUACAAUCACUCUAUCAGAUUAUGGAUCCGGGAAGAUAUGUGUCGAGAUUGAAGAUGGGAAUGGGGGCGGAAAGGGUAACAACUUGAGGCCGAUUGACGAAGAAAGACUAAAUGGAAUAUUCUCGCAAAGAUUAAUAAGUCAGUGGGAAUUGAAAGAGGAGAGUGUCACUAUUGAGGACUUCAUCAAGCAAUUACCAUCGGAGCCAAUCACACCUUGUUCUUCGCUCUCAAAAAUGACGCCCCUCCUCGCCAAGGGUCAACGACGACUGGAAGACAUGAAAGCCGGCAUUGUUGCUAAAAAAGAUCUCAGGAGAAUGAAAUCUUCCCCCGCUCUUAUUCAAGCUGCGACUUCUACAGAUACUUCCUCCCCUCCCUCCACCGAAAAGAAACCUACACUUCUCGAGCGUCUCCGCGCAAAACAACUUGAAAAAUCUCUCCUUCCUCAAGCGCCUUCUCCUGCGCAAGUAGCCCGCAAAUCAGCUUUAUCAAGAAUGGAGGAAGUUGUCAAGGUCCUCAGUAUUUUGAGUACGUCGGGAUCAGCUGGUCAACAAAGAAUCUCUUUCACCAUGCCGACUUUAAUUGGUAAAUUGAAGGAUUCAUUCAAGACUCCAAUAUCGAAAGACGAAGCAAUUGCCGUUGUGAAACUUUUAGCGGUCGAGAUUGCGCCGGAAUGGGUUCAAUUGGUUAAGAUUGGGAAGAUGGAAGCCGUGGUAUUUGAUAGAGAGAAGAGGGUUUUGGAGGAGAGUGUUAAAGAUAGGGUUAAGAAAGCCCAAGCUGCUUGA